ACGCGUCAUGGGCUUUCUCUCUCCCCCCGAGUUAUUCACCAGUUUACCUUCGGACGAGCCUGUAAUGGACUACUCCAGUUCUCCCAGCAACCUGGACGGAUUUUAAGAAGCGCUGGCAUUUUUUUAAGCCCCCUUCAAGACAUUUUACCCUUUCAAGUCAGAAGGAUGGCUGAAAAGGAGCCCGAAUCGCCUGGAAAAUUAAAGACAUUAUUAUAGCCAGAACUGGCUUUUUCGGAAUAGAGGGCCUAUCCGAACGGACUAUUUCCUUUCACAACUUUCCCCGCUGUGGAUAAUGGAUGGCAGAGAUUUUGGUCCUCCCCGAUCCGUCCACGUACCACCUUCGUUGUUGGCGGGGCUCGCGAUGGACUCUCACUCCAUCCGGCUCGGAGCAGCUGCUGCAGCCGGGAGGAUCCCUCCCUCCUCCGGUCACUUGCUGGGGAGUCAGCCGCAGUCUCUCCACUCCGGAAAAUUCUUGCCAUCGGCCAUUAACCUACAUCCACACCACAGCGAUGCCUUCCCGGCAGGCUCCAGCCCCUUCCUGUCAGGCUAUCCCGGCCCCUCCUCUCUGACCUCUGACCCUGCAUACAGAUCCGCAAAUCCCAGCAGUCUGCAGAUGGCUCAGCUGUGGGCAUCGCAUGCUCAUGAUGGCUACCCCCCUCUUCCAAGCAGCCUGUACUCCAGCCCUUACCUGGGGCACCUGGGGCACCUUGAGCCUCCCUCGCUCUCCCAGCACCCUCUCUAUGAUUCUCAUAAAGAGGGAUAUUACCUGCCAUCCUCCCUGAGGCAGUCACCUCUCCACCCCCCGUCUGCUGCCUCCAAUACCCCGUCCAGCUCCACACCCCCACAGAGGACAUCCCGGGAAGGGGUGAGGGAAAGGUCUUAUCGGGGAGAGAGGGAUAGAGACAGGGAAAGGGAGCGGGAACGUUCAAGAGAGGAGCAGCGGCCGCAGAGCGUGGUGGACCUGACACAGGACGGGAGAGGUGAGGAGGACCGCAGGGUAGGCAGGGAACGGGAACGAGAGAAGGAAAAGGACCGGGACGCAGAAAGAGACAGAGAUGGUUGGUCCUUCCAUCUACACCAGCAAAAGUCACACUCCCAGCCUUCCACAGUGGAGCCCAGAUCCAGGCUGUCAUCUCCACAGACCUCCUUCCCUCCUGGUGGGGGUGGAGGAACAGGCAGGUUUCAUGGACCAGAACCAGACAGAGGGAGUCGGGACGAGGAUAGCGGCUCUCGACUCCACCAUAACUCUAAUGCGAAUAACUCAAACCCUCAUUCAGAGAGACAUAGGAGGAAUGACUCUGUAGCCACGUCAGCUGGAACCCUCCACAUAUCCUAUGUCCUCCCUCCUGCUCUCCAGUCCUCAGCAGCUGGAGCGCCCCACCUUUCCACAGCCAGAGAGUCUGUCAGGGAGCAACGCAUAAGCGCACCUACGUAUGUGCCUUCUGUGGAGGUUUAUGAUGAGCAGGCGGGGCCGAUCCAGAUAGCAUCACAAGCGCGCGACAACAAACACAGAGACAGAGAACGGGAGCGUGACAGAGACGUGGAGCAUGAACGGGACAGAGACAGAGAGAGGGAGAGCUACAGGUUUCAUGAGAAGAUCCUCAUGGAGCAUCCUCGGCUCUCCCACUCAGGCGAUUUAAGCAAUCAAAGAGAGGAAGGUUCUGUGAUUUGUUCCAAUGGUUCCGUUGGUAAACGAAGCCAGGACACAUCCCUCUCCUCCAUUCAAUCAAGGUUCAGCCCAGAAACCAGGGACAUCUCUAAACACUCAAACAGAUUAGGCAUAGAGCGAUCUGCGGCAGAGCCCAAGUGGAAUCCUAUCAGUCCGGUGACCAAAUACGCUACAAGUCACAUGGCUGCUCUGGCAGCCCAACACACGCUUUCUUCUCCCCACAGCCAGCAGACACACACGCGAAUGUCACAGUCCCCUCACACAUCCCAUCGACACAACAGCAACACACAAUCGACCCACAGCCAUUCCCCCCAAACACACUCCUCCCAGCACGGACACGGGCGUGCAAGCGAAGAAGGUAGUCAGAGACGCUAUCUGGACCCAUCGGCGCUCUACCGACCAGGGGGUUCCAGCGGUGGAGAGCGUGGUGGGGGAUUGGGUUCGGAUUCUAAAGAGGUUUCGGCCAUGCAGAGCCUGAUCAAAUACAGUGGAAACUUUGCUGCUGAAGGCCCUGGUUCCUCCAGGAACAUCACGGACGGCAGAGGGCCCUUUGGUGGAUUGGGGAACAUUGGGAUGGAAAUCGAGAGGGAAAAGGAGAAAGAGAGAGAGCGAGAAAGGGAGAGGGAUAGGAUAGCAGUUGGCUCCGGUGGUUCAGGAGCAUUAAGGAUGCCUCAGCUGAAGAGAGAACAGGAGCGACCCGACAGUGCCCGCUCCUUUGGCCGGGAAGGUGAGGGCGAGGUGCGCCACCCUCCGGUUGGGAUUGCUGUUGCUGUGGCUCGGCAGAGAGACAGCGGGGCCACCAGUAAACAGACGAGUGGAAGCUCAGACACACAGAGACCCCUGCUGCAAACCGCUAUUAAAGAUGAAGAACGUGGAGAGGACCGUGCUCGCCACCACAAUGACAGACUGCUGGCUGGCCGGCUCGAACGUGAGCAGGAGAAAGUGCUCAGAGAGUCCAAGGAACUUGCAGAGUUUACUCAGAUGCACCCUGCCCCACUAUCUAGCGGCUUGACACCCAGUAUGAUGACGUCCAGCCUCAUGACCCCAAACCUUGUGGUCACAGGAGGGGCCGCUCUGGCAGGGGCAGGACGAUGGCCUCCUGACCCCUCAACUUUGACCUCUCACCCGUGGAUACCCCGGUCUGGAGCUCCCCCAGUCUGGCUCUCUGGCUCUCCAUACAGCCUGGGUCCCUCUUCACUCCACCAGACCCUCCCCCCAGGCUACCCACCCUCUCUGCCAGGCUCGAUGCCCCCUCCCUACCAGUUUGCCAGAGAUCCGCAGUCUGGACAGCUAAUCGUCAUCCCAUCCGAACACCUGCCACACUAUGGUGGUGAUGUACUGGAGCGUGGAGCCCCAGUGUGGUCGGGUGUGUACGGUACAACCAGCACUUUGCAGCAUGCGGCCCAGCUGCAGCUCCUCUCUCAGCAGCAAAUCCUCCGACAACACGAGCUACUCAUGAUUCAGCAGCACACAGCGCAGGUCCUGGAGCUACAGAGGAAUGCACAGAUAGCUGAGCGCCUAAAGGCCAGUGAGCACCGGCCAGAGAUGGAAGACAAAGCAGACAAGCGUAACACUGACUCAAAGCCCAGACCCUCCUCAAUUUCAUCCCCGUCUCCCUCACCGGUGCUGCAUCCCCGCAAACCUCCUCCUUCCUCUCGAUCUCCAACCCCGUCGACAUCGUCCCUAACCCCGCUGCCUCGGCUCCCCUCUCCAGUGACCACACUGAAGUCAGAGGAAGGUGGGCAGAGAGUACUGUCUCCGCCGAAGCCCCUGCCUCACCCGUCUUCACCCCGUUCAGCGUCUCCCCCCCCUUCCUCGCCACGGCGGCCUAAACAAGAGAUGUCUGAAGAGGGGGAGGUGGGACAGAGGGAACAGAGAGAGGGGCAGAAACAGACCUCUGCACCCUUUCAAAGCAUGUACGCCGAUCUCCCUCCAGGUUAUCCUUACCAGUCCAUCACGGCCCCAUUUGGCUCACCUUUUCCUCCUUAUCACAUCCCAACACCCACAGGGGAAAAUGCAGAAGCUGUCCCACCCCGUCGUGUCUGCUCUCCUGCUUUAGCUGCCCCUUUGCCCUCAGCCCAUCUCCAUUCAAGGCUUUUGGACACAGAUAUCAUGCCUCAAAAGCUAGAGCAGUCAAAGUCGGCAUCUUUCCUCAAACAGGAACCUGAUGUGGAGCAGGGAAAGCUUGACAUAACACCAGAGCCACUCGUACCUCUUCAGCAAAGCUGUAGUCCUGCCCAAGUCACCCAGGACAAUGAAGAAGACAGGGAACCCCCAAAGCCACAGCCUCAACCGUUACCUCUGCAUGUCCCUAGUCCUCCACCACAACGAGCCAGAGGGCUGGAAAUCAGGGAGGAAGAGAGGGAAGAAGGUCAAAUCAAAAUAGAAGUUUCAGCUUACUCAUGUCUGACAGCAUAUUCUGAGCCUCCUACACUCACAGAAGCUGAACCUAAAUCCAAGGUCAUAAAGGAUCCAGACCAAACACAUUAUGCAGAGUGCAUCAGCACAGAUUCAGACAGACAGGAACUGUCUCAGACAUGUGCAUCACUAGAUCAAACCACCAGCGCUUCAUGUGAACAGGAACAGCCAGACAGUCCAGUCAUCUUGGAUGCUCCGAGUCCAAAAGAAAGUCUUGUUGAUCCUCUUCUCUAUCCACUUCCUGCCCCGACCUCUCCACUUCCACUUGUCAUCAGUUCAGAAGAUCCCAUGGCAGGGAUGCUCGCCUUGCUGACAGCUAGUGAGAUGGUCCAUCCUCUAUCAAUCACCCCACCUGCCCCAACACUCAUACCACAGAUUGAAAGCUGCAGCACUGCAGGACCUAUGGAGAUGGUGGCGCUGGAGGGGAUGGCCCUGCUUAGCCAAAUGGCUCAGCAAGAGUUAGAAAACAGCCAUAAGGAGCAAGAUGUGACAUUAGAGGGUCUAGACUGUCUUCUUGAAGCAAGCAAACAAAUCCUUCUGGAGGCCAUAGAGAAACAAUCCCACAUUGAUCUGCCCAGAACGCUGGACCCCAACAAGAAGUACAGCUGGCGGCAGAGGAAAGAGGAGCCGCUGUACAGUAAACUGCCUCUGGAUGUGUUGGACACAAUGGAAGUGGAACUCCGUGUCCGCUUGGCUGAGCUGCAGAAGACGUAUAAAGAGAAGCAGAGAGAGCUCAGCAAGCUCCAGAGACGCAGAGACAAGCGUGAGCGCCAGCUGCAGGAAGAUGAGAGGCGCAGUCUGACCAGACGGGGUAGAGGGCGACCUAGAAAGAGGAAACACUUGGCCACACCUACCAAACUGGACAGCAGGCCUGGAAAGGUGGGUAGGACGGUGCAAUACUCGGAGGAUUCUGAAGCAGGGGAAGGACAAAGGAAGAAGUUCCGGGUGUCCAGAGAAGAAGAGGAGACAGAGGCAGGAAGUGGAGGCUUGAAAGUGAAAAAGAAGAAAAAGAAGAAGAGCUGGAAUGACACGGAGCCAUCUACCAGUCAUCCGCUGGAGGUGCUAAAGGCAAAGCGCGGCCUCCUAUGUGAGCAGGAGCAGCUGGCGUCAGACCUCGACAGAGCGCUCUCUCUCUCGCAGCUCGGCUCUCUCGGCGCAUCACGCAAAUUCACCUCCAGCACGAAAUUGGAGAAGUCGAAGAGCAAGUCUGUGGAAAGUCGACUCAAGGAGAGAGGAAUCCACUCCUCGGUCAAAGCAGGAAAACACAAGAUGGCUUCCAAGGCUUCUGCUUCAGACGCUGCCCGGAAAGUGAAAGGUCAGAAGAAGACAGCUUUGUUCUCUCCCAUGAGAUCAGAGCUCAGCAGCUGCUCUAACAACUCCGAUUCAGAGGAGCACACUUCUGCUCGAGGGGGCUGGCCCCCUCUCUCAGGGACGCGCUCCCACGGCAGCCUGCCCAGGAAGAGGCGGUCCACUUCAUCGCCGACAUCCCUGCUAUCCAGUGAGAAAUCUCAGAAGAAGAAACACAAGCACUUAUCCCUACUGCUGGAGGAAGCGGGCCUCAGCUCCUCUGACGACUCCUUCGACCAAGAAACCUCCGAGGACGAGGAAGAGUCGGAUUCAGACGACGACCCCGGUUGUGAGGAGAGCGGGCUGGGUCUGCUGGCCAGGUUUGCGGCGAGUGCGCUCCCUGUCAGCUCGGCCUCUUUGAGCCUCCACCACGACAGCAAACACUGCAGCAGGCAAAGCACUCUGGGUUCAACAGAGUGCGAGUGGUCAGACUCUGGCUCGGACGUGCGGUUAAGGAAGUUCCCUUCUCUGCUGCACGGAAAACGCUCCGCCCCCGAGCUCCCCCUUUUGCCACCAGCGACCCGCCGCGUUGACCAGAGUAGCCCCACCAAGCGAGACGAGGCGCUGCAAGUCAAACGCAAACCUCUGCCCAAAUCACGCCCUACGCCUCGCUCACCCCGGAGAUUUAGUUUCGACCUCGCCAGCAGCUCUGGGUUCGGAGGUUUCAGCGAGGAUGAGGGUUGGAACCGCCGACGCAGCGAGAGGAUUUUUCUCCACGAUGCCACGGUUUCAGCCUCCACCCCUUCCAUCAGUCAGAGCUCCUCGUCCUCCUCCACCAGCUCAGCCCCACCGCUCACACCGAAGGCCGUCUCCAGACCGAAGCCCACUCAGCCCAGCAGAGACGGGAAAGACGUGGUGAAAAAAAAGAAGCUGAAGGACUCUCCUCUGCCUGUGAGCCCGUCCACUCUGUGCAGUCCAGUCACAGACAGCCCUGCACCGCUGAGCCUCAGCCUGGCACGUAAGAGUCAACCAAAACCCAAGACCAAAGCCAGAGAGCCUUCCAGGGGUGCGGUGAGCCGGCUGAUGGAGAGCAUGGCGGCAGACGAAGACUUCGAACACAACCAAGACAGCAGCUUCAGCGAGGACGAACUCCUCCCAGCACGAAGCAGCAGCGUGUCAGAGAGUGCCUCAACUCCUGCUCCAGUGCAGUGUGUGCUAGAUAAGGACUCUCUGGUGGACGGACUCAGAGUAUUGAUCCCGAUGGACGACCAGCUACUGUACGCAGGACAUGUGAACACUGUACACUCCCCUGACAUAUACAGUGUGGUGGUGGAGGGGGAGCGAGGAAACCGACCGCACAUCUACUGCUUGGAACAACUACUCCAGGAGGCUAUCAUUGAUGUGAAGCCUCCAUCCGUGCGCUAUCUCCCUGAGGGCACCCGCAUCGCUGCCUACUGGAGCCAGCAGUACCGCUGUCUUUACCCCGGCACUGUUGUCAACGGUGCGACAAGAGCACAAACAGCCACCACUUCAAUGAUAGGAUUCAUAAGAAGUUCAGACAUCGAUGAGAAUGACGAUCUCAUCACGGUGGAGUUUGACGAUGGCGACACGGGCCGCAUCCCUCUCUCACACAUCAGACUGCUGCCGCCAGACUACAAGAUCCACUGUGCCGAACCAUCCCCGGCUCUGCUCGUGGCCAGCUGUUCCAGGAGGAGGGUCCGCAAAUGCAGCAAAGAGGGUAAAGAGGCGGGAGCAAAGCCAGAGGAAACCACACCCAAGAUCAAGGGAAAACCUGGUCGCAAACCCAAACCCAAACCAGAGAGCUCCAUGAACUCAGACGGUCGGGAGAAAGCUGAUCCUCCACCUUCCUCCACCCAGCCAGUUGAAAGACCCCAGGCUCCAGCCAAGCCCGCCCAGGAGCGACCCUCCUCUGUCCAGAAACCAGCUCAGGAGAAACCCCGCCCUGCAUCCCGGCCAACACUGGGAACCCAAACAAAACCAGGCCGAAAGAGCUCCGCUACAUCCCCAACAAGCAGCCCUACGCUUUCCAGUCCAGUGCCCAGGAAGAGCAGUCCGGCGCAGCCUCCAGCUUCUAAAGCAGCUCGUUCUCUCCCUCCCUCGCUCUACCCCUCCACCUACGGUAAGGUCCUGACUGUGGAUCUGUACAGCGAGCCAAACCUCAGCUCGUACAACAGCCAGCGCAGAGAGAGGGAGAAUAACAGCAAUGUCAGUCCUACUGCAAACAGGCCAAUGUCUAGGCCCAGUAUAACUGCUUCGUCUACUGCAUCCAAACCUGCUGCGUCAUCCACACCCAGGCCUACUUCUAGUUCCUCGCCUAAAACCAAACCCUCCUCAGACCAUCACAGCAGCUCUAGACCCAGCCUAAGCUCGGGACUCAUGCCCAGCCCCAUUUCUAGGCUGUCAGCAGGCAAAACCAGCUCUUCUCUGACUCCCAGACCUUCAUCAUCAUCUUCAAUAUCGUCAUCCUCGGCUCCCAGACCUAAAAUCAAGAUGCCGUCCGACCAGCUGUCGUCCAGGCCGAGCUCCAUCUCCAGGCCCAAGACCAGCUCUGGGCAGGGUGAUGUGAGGCGGAAGUCUCUCUCCGCAGAGCCCCUCGUGAAGCUCGACCACGAAGGAGUCACCUCCCCUAAAACUAAGAAGACGAAGGCGCUGAUGUUGCUGGAAGGUCGUGAAGUUAGGCGAGACCACACCCCCAUUAGCACAGCCACAGCCAAUCAAAAGCUACUAAAGCCUAAAGUGAGAGCUCCGGGUAGUGAGACUGGUGUGCCAGACAAGGACUCAACCUACAAAGCUCCAAUGAUGGCUAAAGAGAAGGCAGACAGUCGUGGAGGUAGAGGACAGGAGGUGGACACAAGAGAGGAGAAAGGUAAAAAGGAGGAGAAAAAGGAAGUGGAGAAGAGGGAGGGAAGAAAGAUGAAAGAGGAAUCUCAGAGCAGCAGCAGCUCAGACUCAGAGGAAGAAGCAGAGAAAGGGAAAAUCAAGAAGAAGAAGAAAUGCACCUCAAGCUGCUCUUCAUCGUCUUCAUCCUGCUCUGGUUCUUCCUCAUCUUCUUCCUCAUCGUCAUCUUCAUCAUCAUCUUCAUCGACUGACGACUCCUCCUGCAGCUCAGAUGAAGAGAGGACUCCUACACCUCCACCAGCCUCAGUCCAGAAGCCUCCAGAACAAGAUAAACCUAAAGAAGAAGCAAAAGAAGAAGAAGAGGAGGAGGAAGAGGAGGUGAAGAAAGAGGUUGAGGUGAAAAUGGAGGAGGAAGAACUGUCUCCACCACCGCAGUCUCCCUCCCCUUCAACCUCUCCAACAGCUGCUGCUCCUGCUCCCUCUAAACCGGCUAAGCCAGCCACCGGAAAGGGCUCCGGACAAAGGGGUCGUCCUCCAAAACCAAAGCCCAGUGGAGGAGAGGGGAAAGCGGGGAGGCCAAAGAGGAGAGAGGGGGUCCACCUUCCCACGACUAAGGAGCUGGCUAAACGUCAGAGGCUUCCAAGUGUGGAGAACAGGCCCAAAAUUUCAGCUUUCCUUCCUGCACGACAGCUCUGGAAGUGGUUUGGGAAACCCACUCAGAGACGCGGUAUGAAGGGCAAGGCUAAGAAGCUCUUCUACAAAGCCAUUGUGCGUGGCAGAGAAAUGAUCCGCAUCGGGGACUGUGCAGUGUUCCUGUCCGCCGGCCGCCCCAACCUGCCCUUCAUCGGUCGCAUCCAGAGCAUGUGGGAGUCCUGGGGCAGCAACAUGGUGGUCAGGGUCAACUGGUUCUAUCAUCCAGAGGAGACGAACCCCGGCAAGAAACUCACAGACAAGAAGAACUGGGAUCAGAUAUGCGGACAGUCUUUACCAGCAGCUCUGCACUCUUCCAUCCAGAGGAAAGACUUUAUGGAGCGCGCCCUCUACCAGUCGUCUCACAGCGACGAGAACGACGUGCAGACGGUCAGCCACAAGUGCCUGGUGGUGAGCGUGGAGGAGUACGAGCAGAUGACCCACACUCGCCGCUACGCCGACAGCGAGGACCUCUACUACUUGGCUGGCACCUACGAACCCACCACGGGGAUGAUCUUCAACACCGAUGGAGUUCCAGUCAUCUGCUAAAAAAAAAGAAAAGAGAAACUCACUACGAGUUGAUAAAACCAAAUUGUGACCCGGCUUACUUUGGACCUCACUGGGAAGGAGUCAGUACCCAACCUGUCAAAUCACUGAUUUUCACUGGCGGUGGAUCUUUUCACAGACUCCAUGAACAGAACUGCUCUGAAACACUUUAAGUAAAACAAAAAAAAGCAAAAAAUUAAGAAGACAGUCAUGAACAGCUACUACUACAGAAACUGGAGACACUAUGUAGACAGUAUUAGAAGAAACGCGUCUCUUGAAACAUUUGCACACACGAACGUCAUGAACACGCUUCUGUUUUCCUUGUUGUGUUCAUGGGAAAGCUUUUCGAACACGCAUGAACACUUCGGUCUCCUUUUACAAGUAAAGGCACCCUGUCUAAAGAGACACACGUACGCUCACACGUGCACAAACGCAAUGUAAAUACAGACGCCAUGUGACGCAGUUAUAUAGAGGACAAUAAUGAGUGUUUUUAUUUUCAUCUAAUAGAUUUAUGUCAGAGUACUUUUUUUCUAAAGAGGUAAACAGUCAAGAAGCUUUAAUGAACUGUGAAUGAAGAUGCAGGAGAUGCAGGCCUGUGUCAGUCUGUCCACCCCCAAACCUGCCCCCCACCCACCCACACACGCUCCGGCUAAACGGACAGACGGACCCCGCUGGUGUGAUGUUGUGAUUAUGUUGCUGUGGUGAUGUUACAGUCAUGUUACAGUUAUAUAAAUGUAUCUACAGAACAGCAGGAGCGACAGACAAAGAGAGAAGGAGAUGCACAGAGAGAGGUAGACUCCUCCUUACCAGAGAGCACCUAAAAAAAAAAACACUUAAAAAUCUAUCUGUCUUUAAUUUAAACGCCCCUCCUCCUCCGCCCACAAUCCCCCUUGACAAUCCUAACUUGGGCAGACAAAACUGCCCGUGUGCUUCUAAAAACUUCCUGCUCCCUCAGAGACUCAGGCUAAAGAGAGAGGAAGGAUCUUGUACUAUUAAAAGCACUUCUCAUUUUCAUCUUUGAGCUCCUUGUUUUUAAAGAGGGGGGGGAGACGAAAAAUCCACCCCGAAAACACGCAAACACUAGAAAACAAAAGCAGCUGCUGUGGAAGUGUGCUGCAUUUUGUUAUUUGCCCGUUUUGUUUCAACGCUUGGAGAAGUGGACCCCAAAGGAGGCGCAGACAUGAGAUGUGGUGCCUUAAAGGCCUGUCUGGAUAUUUUUUUUUAAAUAAAAGCAUCCUGGGAAAUGUAGGCCACCUCUCUUUUUACUUUACAAACAAAAUGGGUAACCAAGAAAAAAAUAAACCACAACACUUGAUGAAAAAGGAGAUCUGUGAAUGCACUGCACGAUAUAAGCUAAUGUAUCAGCAGUGCAGGAUUCCCAAUGGGUGGAUUUUUUUCCCUCCUCCUCCUCCUUUGUUUUUUUGGUUUUGUUUUUUUAUUUAGGGUUGUGAGCGCUGCAGCCGGUCUGAGAAGCAUCAAGGUCAUGCCUCUGAUAUUCGCCACGGAGCUGCCAGCACUCGUUAGAUCAACAUAAUUCAGUUUUAACACUCCUCUUCCGCAGUCUGCAGCGUUUGCAACCUCCAAAUGUCCUGCGCUUGGAUGCAUCUUAUUUUAUUUUUUUCUUUUGCUUCUGCUGUUUUAUGGAUGUUCAUCGUUUUAGCCUCUUUAAUCACAUUUUGCCCUACAAGCAAUCAUCUUUAACAAGAGUGCACUUUGAAUGAGCUCCGCUGCAGAGGAGAGUCUUGUAUGUUUUCUUAAAGUAUUUACUAACCCCCCCCCCCAAAACAAACCUCCCGCUGCUGUCACCGUCUCUUCUCUGCACGCCACCGUUCCCCCGUCAGAAACAAGCAGCGACACAUUCGUCUUGUUUUGACGUUGUUGUUUUUUUGUUGUUGUUAAUUCUGUGUGCCUCGUUUCACCGUUUUUUAGUGGGAGACUGUUGAAUGUCGUGCUCAGGAUUGUGAGCAUUUUGAGAGGCCUUACUCUCCUAGGCCUUAUGAUGAUGAUGAUGAUGAUGAUGAUGAUGAUGAUUAUGAUGAUUCGCCAAAUCUUUUACACCCCCCCCCCCAAAGUCCUGCACCUUCAGGAGGAAUAAUUAGAUAUGCUCCCAGUCUGCUGGGAAAACGCCUUCUUUAUGAUCGUGUUUUGGUUUUGCAACCUAUCCAACCGACCCGGAGCUCUUAACCGACUUACUUUGUGUAUAAUUUGUAUUGGAUAUAACCGUAUCUUCUGCAUACAGUAUAUCAGUGUAUGUAUACAUGCAGUGUAUGGUAGCUGUAUGCUGUAUAAACAUGUAGGUUUUAAACAUGUUGCCCUCUCUGCUUUGCUGCAGAGUUUAAAAAUUGUCUUGUUGAUAUUCAAUAGGUUUAAUAUUUUCUACUCUUGUUGAGCUCUUAUGUCUAGAUUUGUCUAAUUUUUAUCGUACCCUAUAUAUCAUGUUUUAAGUCACUCUGGAGGACAACCCCACAUGUCCCUGUUGUUAAUGUGGCAGCAGUGCCAGCACAGUAACAAUUCCAUAUGCAUUUAUGUAUAUAUAUAAUCCAGAUGUGAUAGCCACAGAGUAAAAGAGAAAGUUUGAUAAUGUGCUGCUAGUUUAUUAGUAUUUAAAAAAAAAAAAAAUGAAUCUGGUACAGAGUGAGUCCAUGUGCCACUUUCUGAGAUUGCUACCAUCUUAUCUGCUAAAGCCCCACCUGCUCCUGUCGGUUCAUUUCAGACUAAAACUCGAUGCAUUUCUGCAGAUAAACGUUUUUAAAUGACAGGCAGGCCGAAAGUGUCUCGGCUCGUUGGCGUUUGGAUGUGUGGGAGCAUCGUGGAUACACAGGUCGCACCGGUGUUUGCAGAGUGAACAAGCUCCGUAUUAAAGUGCCCGUUAUGAAUGUUUGUUUACCCCUGGAGCUGCUCAAGCACUUUUUUCUGUGUGUGUCUGUGUGUGUGUGUGUGUGUGUGAAGGACAGAGGUAAGGAGACUGAUAAGACAUCAAGCUCUUAUCUCCUGCUGUCACCACACACACACACUCUUACACACCCUUGUAACCCUUAAAGGUGUGUUUUAUUGCCUUCCAAUCUCUAUUUGCCCCCCCCAAUCUCCAUCCAAAGCCCAGCCUUAGGCCUUCAUACAGGGUCCAACACAAACACAGACACACACUUAUUCCCCGUUUCGCCUUCAAUUUUUUUUUUGUUUUUAUUUUUUUGGUCAUACAUUUUAAGGGUCUGACUUUGCAUAUGUUCUGUUUAUCAUUGUUUGUCUUAUUUGGGCUUUGUACUUGAUUAUUUGCUGUGAUUGCUUUUUUGCAUCCCCCUCCACACCCUUUUUUUUUUUUUUUUGCAAGGUUCCGGCCCCCCCCCGCUUCCCCUCUCUGAACAAUCGUCCACGCCUCUCAAGCAAUACUGCUGACUGGCACUGGGAGCUAGCUGCUAGAGAGAGAGAGGAAUGGGAGAGAGCGAGCAAAAGAGAGAAUGAGAGAGAGAGAGAGAGAGAGGUGGACUGGAGGCUGGUUCUUCGUCUGCUGUUCCUUCAGUAUCGUUAUCGUCCUGUUACAGAAAAGAUUAUUUUGAAAAUAAAUAGAAAAAUCAUCUAAGUUUUGUAAAUGAUCCUUCACUGUCGGGGGGA